AGAGAGGAGUGAGAAGCAGUCACCAGUUAGAGCCAGAUUGACCGGGAGCCUGAAUCAGAGUUGAGGUCGGAGCUGAAGCAGCAGCAAAAGCAGCAGCCACUGAAGAAGUUGAGAAGAUGGUGGUUAUUUUGGUACUGCUCACCUCCUUCCUUUCUUUCCUGUACAUUAUAGCUCCAUCCAUCAGGAAGUUCUUUGCUGGUGGGGUAUGUAGGACAAAUGCACAGCUUCCUGGGAAGGUGGUAGUGAUCACUGGUGCCAAUACAGGCAUUGGCAAGGAGACGGCCAGAGAGCUCGCUCGCAGAGGAGCCCGAGUCUACAUUGCCUGCCGAGAUAUUCUAAAGGGGGAGUCUGCUGCCAGUGAAAUUCGAGCAGAUACAAAGAACUCCCAGGUGCUGGUACGGAAACUGGACCUAUCAGACACCAAAUCCAUCCGAGCCUUUGCUGAGGGCUUUCUGGCAGAGGAAGUACAGCUUCAUAUCCUGAUCAAUAAUGCAGGAGUGAUGCUGUGUUCAUAUUCCAAGACAGCUGAUGGCUUUGAGACCCACCUGGGAGUCAACCACCUGGGCCACUUCCUUCUCACCCACCUGCUCCUGGAGCGGCUGAAGGAGUCUGCUCCUGCACGGGUGGUGAACGUGUCUUCAGUGGCCCACCACGGUGGCAAGAUUCGCUUCCAUGACCUCCAGGGUGAGAAGCACUACAGCCGGGUUUUUGCCUAUUGCCACAGCAAACUGGCCAAUGUACUUUUUACUCGUGAGCUGGCCAGGAAGCUCCAAGGCACUGGGGUCACCACUUACGCAGUGCACCCGGGUAUCGUCCAUUCCGAGCUGAUGCGGCACUCCUUCCUCCUGUGCCUGUUCUGGAGGCUCUUCUCGCCAUUCAUCAAGUCAGCGCGGGAAGGGGCACAGACCAGCCUGCACUGCGCCCUGGCUGAAGGCCUGGAACCCUUGAGUGGCAAGUACUUCAGUGACUGCAAGAGGACUUGGGUGUCUCCAAAGGCCCGAAAUAACAAAACGGCUGAACGCUUGUGGAACGUCAGCUGUGAGCUUCUAGGAAUCCAGUGGGAGUAG